CAUCGGAUAAAAAACAUGAACAUUUAUAAAUAGCUCAAUCAUCUCUAUACCCUACCAACUUAACAUUAUCCAACAAAAUCUCAAUAACAAUGGAGAAAUCAUCAUUCAAACCUCAUGUUCUGUUACUUCCAUAUCCAGGCCAAGGUCACAUAAACCCUAUGCUCCACUUUGCUAGACGCUUAAUCUCCAAGGGCAUCAAAACCACUUUACUCACUUCUAUUUUCAUUGCCAAUUCCAUGAAUUUCGGCUCUUCCAUCGGUUCUGUUCACCUCGAUGUAAUAUCCGAUGGCUACGAUGUAGCCGGGUUCGAAAGAUCUGGCAGCAGCGACGAGUAUCUCGCUCGAUUAAAAACCGAGGGUUCGAGAACCCUAGCGGAGCUCAUCGAAAAAUAUAGAAGCUCAUCAAACCGUGUCGAUGGUAUAAUUUACGAGCCGUUUUUGCCUUGGGCUUUGGAUGUAGCUAAAGAGCAUGGUUUAUUUGCUGCUGCUUUUUUCACUCAACCUUGUGCUGUUGAUUUUAUUUACUAUAAUAUCCAUCAUAAGUUGUUGAACUUACCGGUCGAUACUUGGCCGGUGUCGAUUUCCGGGUUGCCGGUGCUUGAGAGUAGGGAUAUGCCUUCUUUUGUUGGUGUUCCUGAUUCGUAUCCGGCUUACUUUCGGAUGCUGCUGGAUCAGUUUUCUAAUACGGAGAAAGCUGAUUUUAUUCUUAUCAAUACAUUCUACAAGCUUGAAAAUGAGGUGGUGGAUGAAAUGUCAAAGGUUUGUCCUGUUCUAACAAUUGGUCCAACAGUUCCAUCAAUAUACUUGGACAACAGAAUUCAAGAUGAUGACGAUUAUGGCCUUGAUCUCUUUGCCCUAAAUGCAUCCAUUUCCAUCAAAUGGAUUACCACUAAACCACCAAAAUCAGUUGUUUAUGUAGCCUUUGGAAGCAUUGCAACUUUUACUCAAACCCAAAUGGAGGAGCUAGCAUGGGGUUUAAAGAACACAAAUUUUUACUUUUUAUGGGUAGUUAGGGCUUGUGAUGAGUCAAAAAUGCCCAAAAAGUUUUUGCAAGAAUUGGGUGAUAAGGGUAUAGUAGUAAAUUGGAGUCCUCAAAUUCAAAUCCUAGCAAGUGAAGCUAUUGGGUGUUUUUUUACACAUAGUGGAUGGAACUCAACUAUUGAGGCAUUGAGCUUAGGUGUGCCAAUGGUAGCAAUGCCACAGUGGACUGACCAACCACCAAAUGCUAAGCUUGUGGAGGAUGUUUGGAAGGUGGGAAUUAGGGUUAGGGUUAAUGAAGAGGGAUUUGUGACUAGAGAAGAAGUUGAAGGGUGUAUAAGGGUAGUAAUGGAAAGUGAAAAAGGAAAAGAGAUGAGAAGAAAUGGUGUGAAAUGGAGAGAGUUGGCUAUUGAGGCUAUGAGUGAAGGUGGAACAUCUGAUCAAAAUAUUGAUCAAUUUGUGUCAAAGUUGUAUGAGCUUCAAUGAUGGAGCCACAAUUUCUAUAUUUGAAGGGGUAAAUUGAAAUAUAAACUAGAGCAAAUUACUCAAAGAUUUUUCACGUUUGUCACAAUUCACAAUUUAAUACUCUUUAUUUGAAAAUUAAACGAUUUAGUAUUUCAGUUUUAAUUUUGUAAACUAUAAAGUUCUUCUGUUAGUUCCGUUAAUAAUUUGAAAUUUACUUUCAAACGAUUUGAUACCUCAAUUUCAAUUAUAUACUCCCUCCGUCCCAAUAGAGUUGUCCACUUUACCUUUAUCACACAGUUUUAGAAAAGCAAUUAUUGUUUAUGAAUUUUAUAAAAUUUUCCUUACUUUUCUUGUCAUACCCCUAUUUACCAUAGAGUCCACUUGCAAUUUACUUUUAAUUUACUUAUUAGUGGAUUUUAAAUAGGGAUAUUAUAGAAAAACUAAGUGAAAAAGUUUGUUACUUUUUGAAAGUGGACAAGAGUUUUGGGACAAAAAUAUUUCUUAAAGUGGACAAUUUUAUUGGGACGGAGGGAGUAAAUGAUUUGAUACCCCAGUUUCAAUUAAAUAAACGAUUUGAUACCUCAAUUUCAAACGAUUUGGUACCUCACAUUUUAUUAUGUUAACGGUUUAGUACCUAUAUUUAACAGAAGGAGUUUAUAGUUUAUAAAAUCAAACUUGAGGUAACAAAUUGUUUGAUUUUCAAACAAAGAUAACAAACUGUAAAUUAUAACAAACAUGAGGAGUUUUGGAGUAAUUUGCUCUAUAAACUAUUGUUCGCGUGGAAAUAAUCCGCCACUCGAAUCUUUGAAUUUA